AUGGAGGUGGUGGCGGCGAAGGUGCUGUGCCUGCUGGGGACGCUGGCGCUGAUGCUGGCGGGCGCCCUGCUGCCGGUGAAGGUGCUGGAGGCGGACCCCGAGCGGGCGCAGCGCUCCCGGCGGGCCCUCGGCCUCUGCAACGCCCUGGGCGGCGGCGUCUUCCUGGCCACCUGCUUCAACGCGCUGCUCCCGGCCGUCCGCCAGAAGCUCCAGGAGGUUUUGAAACUUGGGAACGUGACCACCGACUACCCCCUGGCAGAGACCAUCAUGAUGCUGGGCUUCUUCCUGACGGUGUUUGUGGAGCAGCUGGUCUUGACCUUCCGGAGGGAGAAGCCGUCCUUCAUUGACCUGGAGACCUUCAAUGCCGGCUCAGACGUGGGCAGCGACUCCGAGUACGAGAGCCCCUUCAUCGAGCCUUCCUGGGGGGGGCACGGCCCCCGGGCCGACCGUGGCCGCCACAGCCACGGGCUGGCCAUCUACGAGCUCUCGCGGUCCAGCCCCCUGCGGCUCUUCAGCCUGGUCUUUGCCUUGUCUGCCCACUCCAUUUUUGAAGGCCUGGCCCUGGGCCUGCAGGAGGAGGGCGACAAAGUCAUGAGCCUCUUCCUGGGGGUGGCCAUCCACGAGACUCUCGUGGCCGUGGCCCUGGGGAUCAACAUGGCCAAAACAGGGCUGAAGAUCAAGGAGGCGUCCAAGCUGGCCGCUGCCGUCAGCCUGAUGAUCCCCCUGGGCAUCGGCAUCGGCAUGGGCAUCGAGAGCGCCCAGAACGUGGCCAGCAGCGUGGCCUCGGUCAUCCUGCAAGGGAUCGCCGGGGGCACCUUCCUCUUCGUCACCUUCUUUGAGAUCCUGGCCAAGGAGCUGGAGGACAAGAAGGACCGGCUGCUGAAAGUCCUCUUCCUGGUCCUGGGUUACGCGGCCUUGGCGGGCCUGGUCUUCCUCAAGUGGUGA